CCAGGGCUCUCGAAAUACAGCAGAAUCCUUAUUGAUGACCAGUCCGCGGUGGUGACAUGCGACUCCUGUCUGCUCUGUGAGUUUUCUAUCCUAUGGAUAUCCGUCUUGAGAUUUGAGACUGGAGAAUUGAGCUGUCUGCACGGGAUUGGGCAGCCCUCACCCUUUCAAUGCCCUGUGAUCUCUGGGACUGCUGGCCUUCCCUGGAGCUCAGAGUGGUCCUGUGUGCCAUGGGAUGUAUCCAGAGCAUCGGAGGCAAAGCCAGAGUCUUCCGGGAAGGGAUCACGGUGAUUGACGUGAAAGCCUCCAUCGACCCCAUCCCCACCAGCAUCGAUGAGUCCUCCAACGUGGUGCUCCGCUACCGGACGCCCCACUUCCGGGCCUCGGCCCAGGUGGUCAUGCCGCCCAUUCCCAAGAAGGAGACCUGGAUCGUCGGCUGGAUUCAGGCAUGCAGCCACAUGGAGUUCUACAACCAGUAUGGCGAGCAGGGCAUGUGA